ACAAUUACUUUCUAAAUAUAACACACUUUUAACUUAGGUGCCUAUUUAAUUUAUAUUUAAUAAAAUUUAUUGUUGAAAAUUGAAUAAAAAUAAUACAUAGAACAAUUUAAUUAUAUCAUUGCAAAUCGAGAUAUUUUGGAAAAUUGGGUGGGUUGUACGUACAAAAAGGCUUUCUGUUCAAUGAACGGAGUGGUUACUAGAUUUCCGACAUGACACAUUGAGGGAGAUAGCAUUAUAUAAAAUCUAUGAAAGUGACAAAGAAAGGUUUUUUGCCAGAUGUUGAGGUUGAGGUUUAUUAAAAGUUGAAGUUUCGUGUGAUAAUUUUCUUGAAGAAUUAAAUGUUUUUUAUUUGUUACAAAAAUACUAACUAGACAAUUAAUUUUAAAUAUAGAGACGUGUAUAAAUGUGUAACUGUGGUAGUCGAUUCAAUUAAAACAGUGCAGGCUUAAAUUAAGUUAAAAUGGCGAUUUGAAGAGCAAUGGUGGACAUAUGAAAUUUUUCUACAAUUGGAUCCGUCACAAUGGAAGACACUUCAUUAAAUCUACAAAACGGCGGACAAAUGGGGCCUAUGGCUGGUUCGGUAACCAACAACAAACAAAAUGAAGAGAGCACUCCGAAAUCCCAUUAUUCUAUACCGGGUAUAUUACAUUUUAUUCAACACGAAUGGGCUAGGUUCGAAUUAGAAAGAUCACAAUGGGAGGUUGAUAGAGCUGAAUUACAAGCAAGAAUUGCUUUUUUGCAAGGAGAAAGAAAAGGUCAAGAAAAUUUGAAGAAUGAUCUGGUGCGGCGUAUCAAGAUGUUGGAAUAUGCCUUGAAGCAGGAAAGAGCCAAGUUUCAUAAAUUAAAGUAUGGCACAGAAUUACAACAAGGUGAUAUGAAACCACCUGUGAUAGACGAAACAAAUGAAUCUCAAUUAGACAGUGACCAGUCCUAUGUGUCUGUAUCAAAUUCUUCUUGGAAGCAAGGAAGGCAACUAUUAAGACAAUAUUUGCAAGAAAUUGGUUAUACCGAUAGAAUAAUUGAUGUCAGAUCUACAAGGGUACGAGCUCUUUUGGGACUAAAUAAUAAUAAUGCUGAUCAAGAUGAUAACCAAAAUGGUGGUGGCAUUAAUACCAAUGAAUCCAACAAAAGAGCUAGUGAAACUCAAGGUAGAAGAACCCCUGCGAAAAAAGCUCAACCAAGCUCUCUAGCCGAAGCGAUGAUGCUGGAUACCGAAGCUGCCGUUAUGGCGAAUUUAGACUUUUUAUCAAAUACAGAUGUGGAUAUGGACGAAGAUGAUGAAAUGAGCGACGAUGUUAAUAUCGAACCUACAGAUGACAUUGAAGAUGAUGUUAAAUUGAACAAAAAAGGUUUAGGCGAUGAUGUUGACGCAAUAGCAUUAGAAGUGUUCAAUGAACUUAACAGACUCUCUGAAGCAGAGAAGAAACAAGACAGUAAAACUGAACAAGCUGAUUGGAAUAAAACCAAAAGACCCAUGGGAUUGAAUGAUGAAGAAAACGUCGAUUCGUCGCUUGGAUUAGGCGAAUUAGCCCAAUUAACAGUUAAUAAUGAUGCGGAAUCAACUUAUGACAUUGAUAGCAGUAAAGAGGCGUUCAGGAAGACUUGGAAUGCAAAAUACACUUUGAGAAGUCACUUUGACGGUGUUCGGGCAUUGGCUUUCCAUCCAACUGAACCUGUUUUGAUAACUGCCAGUGAAGAUCACACACUGAAGCUGUGGAAUCUUCAAAAAACAGUUCCUGCCAAAAAAAGUGCAUCAUUGGACGUUGAACCCCUCUAUACUUUUAGGAGUCAUACAGGUCCAGUACUUUGUCUGGCAAUUUCUGGUAGUGGAGAACAUUGUUAUUCUGGAGGUUUAGAUGGUACUAUAAAUUGUUGGAAUGUUCCAAAUUCAAACAUUGAUCCGUACGAUCUGUAUGAACCAGAUAUUUUGAAUGCCACUUUACAUGGCCAUUCAGAUGCUAUUUGGGGGUUGGCUGUUCUUAAUUCUAAACAGCAGUUAUUGUCAUGUUCCUCUGAUAAAACUGUCAAGUUAUGGACACCACAUUCUAAACAACAAUUGUUAUCAACAUUUGUCUCAGAGUCAGACGGUAUACCUUCUAGUGUUGAUUUUGUAAGGGAUGAACCAAAUCGUAUUGUGGCAUCUUAUUCUAGUUUGCGGUGUGUGAUUUUCGAUACGGAAACGGGUAAACCGAUCUCCCGUUUGGAAUCAGUUCCUCCAGAUGGUGUGAAUAGUAGCACCAGACAAAUAAACAAGAUUGUUUGUCAUCCAACACUACCUCUAACCAUCACUGCUCACGAGGAUAGACACAUCAGAUUUUGGGAUAAUCACACAGGAAAAAUGGUACAUUCGAUGGUUGCUCAUUUGGAUGCUGUUACCAGUUUAGCUGUUGAUCCAAAUGGACUUUAUCUUCUUUCAGGUUCUCAUGAUUGUUCAAUAAGAUUAUGGCAUUUGGACAACAAAACUUGUGUUCAAGAGAUAACAGCUCACAGAAAGAAGUUCGACGAGAGUAUCUUAGAUGUUGCUUUUCAUCCAUCAAGGCCCUACAUAGCCAGUGCAGGCGCUGACGGCUUGGCCAAAGUGUUUGUGUAAAAAGAAUUUAUUAUGACAAAUAAUUCUGUGUAAUUGUGUAAAAGUGUAUCUCGAACUUCUCCGUAUACUAUGAAACGUUACAAAAAAAAGUGAUUAAUUAAUUUGGUCAUUGCUUUUAUAAUUAUAUUUUGUAGGAUAGGUGUACAUAUAUAUCAUCAUUUUUAAUAUUUUGUAUAUAUACUCUCAAGAUCACUUCA